AUGGCUGAAUAUUGGAAAAGCAUUCCCAAAUACUUUUGUAAAUAUUGUCAAUCAUUUGUUACAGAUACUCAACUUAUUCGGCGGGAACAUGAACAAAGCUUUAAACACAGAAAUGCGUUGAAACGGUUUAUGAAUGAGAUUCACUCAUCCAAUUUGAAGCGACUGAGUCAAACUAAAGAAAACCCGCCUUCAAUCCCUACUCAUAUCUCUGAAUCUGUUUUAGCAUCUUACGAAAAACCAAAGACACAGAAGCCGAAAAUACAUCCUGCAAAGAAAAAAAGCACACUAGAUGAUUGGGAAAUUCCUGAUAGUACUCAAGCUGCAUCCUCUUCACAUAACUAUAUACCAACACAAACUCCUGCCGUACAAGAUGACGAACCGACUAAUCUAGAAAAAGAUAAAGAACAAGAACAAGAUUCCGAAGAAAAAAAGGAAAUCUCUUCGUUGAAAAGAAAUCGGGAAUCUGUCGAGAAUGAAGAAAAGGCUUUCUUCCAUUUCAAAGUUAGACAAAAAAGUUUAGAAACAGAGGAAAUCUCUAAAGAUAAUACAGUUAGAGAUUCCAAUGCUGAAGAGAAAGAACCGAAAGUAAUUUUCAAAAAGAAGAGAUCUUCUGCUCGUCAAAAUCUCAAAUCCUCUAAAAAAGUUACAGACUAG